AUGGGCUUUUCGAGUCGACGCCUACCUCUGCCUUCGGCCACAGACUCUCUGAUAGGAUCCGCCGACGAAGCUGGUCACGGUACGGACCUUGGGACCGAUCUCUCGCGACGAAGUGAAAAGACCUCCGAGACGAUUCCUGACGACGGAAGCCCGAUUACCAUCACGCCAGCCCCUAAGCGCACAAUUGGAAAACUUGCAAAGUCCGGUCAACAGUCUCAAACCUCGCUCCUUAUUGAAUUGUUUGAAGGGGGCAAAACAUCUGAUCCUGGACAGAGACAACCCAGCUUACGAGUACGCUACACACCAUCCCACUCCCGGAAGAAUAAAGACAAGGGAGAGCGUCACAUUCUGGUCACCGAGUCUCCAACGGCAAGGCGGCCUUCCUUCAGCCACCGCAUUUCUCUGGGAGGAAACGAGACUCUUGCGCCAAACGUCAUUGACGGCAGUAUCAGCUCCUUGGAUACCGGCGACGACUUCAGGCCUACCGUUCCCGUCGAGAUUGAAGUCCUGCAGGACGACGACAGCGACAGGUCCGUCUUGAGUCCGCCUGCCGAAACCAGGUCCAUCAUCCCAGAGUCAGAUAUUUCGUCUAUGCCAGCAGAGAGUUCUCUGGGACCCAAUCCACCCAUCAACAUGUCGCCUGCCGGCCAGAGUGUCAGUAUCACCCGAGGCAUGUCUUCCGAGGGAGCCUCGUUGAAACCACCGGUCAUUCCGGCCGAACGCAAUUUGAGCAAUGAGCGUAUCACCCAAAAAGUCAUCGAAAAGCUGAGCAAUAAACCGCGAGUGUCGAGCAGUGGGAAGCGUCAACACAGUAGCCACAGUGGAAGUCGAAGCAGCGUGAGCAGAGAAGCGGAGUCUAUGCACGCCGAGCCGCGAAUUCGGGUCACAAAGAACGUGGAUGAUGAUUCAAUGCAUAGCAUCACCGGCUCCAGUAUGGUCAGUGGCUCUCAACUAUCUGCAGACCCGCGUGCGACAGACCAACGAUCGGCUCGCUCAGGAACAUCCAACGUCUCAGUCACGAAUAAUCCCAAACUACUUCAAUCGGUCGAAGAUGCCAUCCGGAGGCUGAUAUUGCCCGAGCUCAACGAAUUGCGCCGGAACCAGAAGCAUUCCCAUCGAUCACGACACGAAAAAUAUAGCAAUCCUUCGGAUGUGUCCUCAAGUACCCUAUCGCGCGAGGACAGGACGCACCGCAGAUCCUCCGGGAGCAAAUCAAAGCGCCGAGUGAGUCGAGAGUCGGAAUCAGGUUUGCUUUCAGAUUCUGCUCGCCGUCAUAGACGUCACAAGACCGUCGACUACGACUCACCGUCGGAGCACAGCUACGAGCCGUCCGAGUCUGUCGACAGUCUGGGCGACGAGAAAAAGUCACGUAGGCACUCGAAAAACCGUCAUGGUCGUGACGUUGCGGCUGGAGCUCUCGGAGCUGCAGCCUUGACUGCCGCCGCUCUCAAGUCGCACGAUUCGGGAUCGAGCCUGGAAUAUUCGGAACAUCGCAGACGGAGGAGGAGCAAAAGCCGUAGCAGCCGCAGUGCAAGCUACACAGAAAAGGACGACGCCUUCCAGAAGCAUCAAGUACCGCCUAUGCCAUUCGUCAGUGAGAUUGGUACCGAUCUCACUCGAAGCUCGCUCAAAUCUUCCAAUGACGGACGCGCCGAGACGCCAACCCGCCGUGAGGUGCGUGAAGUGAUACGCGGAUCUCCUUUCGAACUAUCCUCGCCAGCCUCUCAAACGACGCCCACCUCUAAUGCGCUCGACUUGAAACGUGGACUUGGUACCCACCAUGGUAACUUCUCGGAACACGAUUUGUCGGCCCACGACCUGUCCUCCAAGAAAGAAGUGUUCGAUGAGGCCACUUUUGACAAGUCGUCUGACGCAGAAGAGCUGGAUUUUGCUACGCACGGAUUCGCGGCUCUGACAGAUCCAGAAAGGGCUCGUCAAUAUGAGAGGAACCUUCACCAGCAACAUCCCAUUAGGCGGGGCCUCAGCCCAAUACAGAGCGUUGCCAGCUAUGCGACUACAGAGCCCAAUCGCAACUCCUUGAUGCAACCUCGCAGCUCAGACUCUUUGCGUUCGCCGGGUAAACACACUCGUAUGGAUGACCAAGUCUCCGUCUCCUCUCUAUCAUCAGCGCCCAGCACCGACCUGGCCCGCUCAAGGCGACCCCAUGGAAUGAGCUUGGAGAGCCGGAGCGAGAUCAUGGCUCAACAUGUGAAAUCGCUUGAAAGCACACCUCGCCAAUUGGAUCAACGCGCUCUAGACGAACACCAACUCGAAGACGAGAGCUACCAUGAUUCGCCGUAUAUCGACAAAGUCACUGCAGGCCAACAUGUGGUCGCCAAGGGCAUUGGCGCAACCGCGCAGUAUGUGAAUGAAGGGUCAGGUAUCGAGUCUGCAGUGGCCUCGCUAGUCGAACCGUCUCUCCUUUCUGGUGAUUACGCAUACUCGCCCCGCCAUAGUCAGGCAGACUCGCUGGGCGCCCGUGAGAUUGCCAGUUCUCCAUUAUCACACCGCGACUACAUGUCGAGGCACAGUGGCAGUCCGCUGAAACGACAACUUUCAAACCACAGCGGGAGCGCGCACAAAAUUGCUCCGGAAUCGGCGGCUGUGAUGUUGUCACCCCAACAGAGUCCUGCUCGCUCACUCGAACAUGUAGAGCAAUUUUCUACAAAAUCAGCCCAGCCCGCGCCCCUUGCUACCAGUAAUGUACCCAGCGGCCCUGUGGAGCGCUCGCCAGAGUCAGAUAUCACCACUAAUCCAUCUAUCAUCCGAGGUCCAAUUGGCGGCCUUGCACAGGGCAACACUGAGCACUGGCCUUAUGAUCCAACACCUCCACACUCUCGAGCCAACUUGGUGCUUCCACCAGUGAGUCGUGAUAUUGGUUCGGCCGGGGCAGAUCUCAUCCCCGAAGCUUUGUCCAUCAACCGUGACCACGACCUAGAUGCCAAACGUGACCUCUAUGUGCAGCCGCAGACUUUGUCGACUCCCCUUGGGGCCAAGGACGAGGGCUACGAAACUGGAGCGAACGUGCCGUCGCCAGGUUUGUAUUCUCAAGAGCGGGGGGUUCGAGACGACAGCUUUACGCCAGAACCAUCAAUCGACAAUGCCCCGAUCACAGACGACCCCUUCACCACGCAGCGAGAUCCGUACAUAAGUGGACUUUCGCAUGGCAUGUCGCCUAUGUAUGAUAGUGCGACGGGUCGCGGCCGCGAUAACAUCCAUUCCAAAGAUAUUGUGGCGCUCAUGGAUCAUCUCACAAUGCGGGACGCCCAACGGAACGCAAGAGACACAGAAAUCCUCGUGACGCUGGUCCGCAGUGCCGCAGAAAUGCGCAACUCCUUCGAAGACAUGAAAAAGUUCAUUGCAGAACAGGACGAUCUUAUCAUGGACACUGCCGAUAAACAACAUGAAAAAACGCAAAAGGUCAUUGGGGGCCCGCGACCACAACCCGUAUCUGCUCCUCGCCCGACGAUGUCGGCAACCUCGGAGGAGGACAUGCCAUUGAAACGCCGCAAUGUUUUCCAACGAGCGCUCAGAGGACUUGGAGCUAAGAACUCACAAGAGCUGCAGAAUAUCGAGGCGAUGUUGAUGCGACUUUUGGACGAAGUUGAGGCCCUCAGGGCCUCACAGCCUCCUGCAGUCGCAAGAGAUCAGCCUAGAUCCACGAGUUUGACCUCUGCAGACAACGCUCGCGCUCCUACAGACACAGGAUAUGAGCCCGAAGGCCAAGCAGGGACCUCAUCAACCGGAGAUCGAUCUGGAUUCUUUUCGAACAACUCCUCUCGCCAGGCGGAUUAUCGCAGCUACAAUAUACAUCGAGACUCGGGUAACCGAGUGAGCACGGUGCUGGAGGGUGACGAAGAAUACGACGACUAUGGGAACCACCUAAGCGGCGCCCCAGGUGGGAAUGCACAAGCGGUCAGCCACACGCCGCUGGACACGCCUCCGAGGAACGAUCCAAUCCGACAAGCCAGGGGAGGUUCCGCUCCUUUGAAUACUCCACCUCGAACGCAGGAGCCAAACACGGGAUCGCUGAGCCAUGAAAACACGCCUCACCUCUCCCAGGGAGAGGCCUCCGGACGGAAGCACAAGUCUUUUGCAUCUUCCUUUAUUCCAAAGAUGGUCUCUCGGUGGUCCAAGACCACUGCAUCUUCCGCUGAUAAUUUCCGCGCAAGCCAACAACGAGUUAGACCCUACUCAGAGCACUCUCGGUCAGGAUCCAACCUUGGAGAUUAUGAGUUCGAGCAUGAUCCUCAGGGCCACGACCGCAUUCGGUCCAGUACUUCAUUCCAGCGGGAUCAGUACGACGAUGUAGAGAACCGACCACCCUCUCCUCUAGUCCCAAGUCAGUUGACGGACAACCCGAAAUAUCAAGCUCACAGAAACAGCAUCAAUCUUCAACACCCUCAGCCCAGACAAGGACCAACAGGUCGCUUCCAGUCUCGGUUAGAAUCUGAAGCCCAGUUUUAUAAUAACGAACAGAUCUCGCCUACCUCGCAGACUUCAUCUCAGUGGGAGACCCACUCGGGCCUGCAGCCGAACCAUCACACGACCAUUACCUAUGGAGGACACCUCAGUCCGAUCUCUGACUCGCCCUACUCUGCUGAGCCAGGACAGAUGCAUGACAACAGGAGCAUUCGGUCGGGAAGCUCUCAUGGCCCACCCCGGCCGCCAAAGAUCCCCAAUGACGAGCCUCUGGUGCCGCAACGUCCACCCAAGGUUAUGAUGAGUCCCUCGUCCUCGAACCGACAGCAGACCUACGUCGAUCACGUUGCUGCAGCAAGGGCGGGAAGUCCAGCAUUUGACAAGUCUCCAGUCGCGGCACUAAGAUCGCCACAGAGUCAGACGCGCAAGCCCUCUGGGCCGAGACCUCUAGCUGGAUCUGGCGGAUCGAAGGGUGAUUUGAAUACCGUUAAAAGAACGAGAUUCAGAGGCAGCCCAAACCAGAUCGAUAGCGAAGACGAAGCCAUCGCGGCAUAUUGA